AUGGAUAACUUCGGUACAAGAAUGAUUAUUUCGCACAGUGAACCCCCCCCAAUUGACAGUAUUAUAACGGAUAACACACCAACUACAUGUAGUUUAAUUCCGCAUGGUUCAGAUAAAGAUAAUAAAGUUAAAUUAAACAAUUCACAGCUUUUGUCUACAGAUGGUUGGGAGAAUUAUCAAAAAGAACUUAUACAGUUAUGUUUUGAAUUUUGGGAAGUAAACGAAACCCAAGUCAAAGUAAACAAUAGUUUACAGUCUGAUUCAGUAAGUGAGCUACAAACACCGUCGUCGUUAUUUGCCGAUAGUUAUCACAGAAAUGUCAUUAAAUUUGAAUCAAAAGCCACUGUUGACAAUAUUAUUAUUUCAGACAAUGGUCAAAACAAAGAAUGCUCUGAGAUUAAUGAUAAUUCUUUAAUAAAUAAAUACGAAGAUGACCCAGGUAUUCAAGAAUUUUCUAAAGCUAUAAAUAUUAAUGUAGAUGAGAACACUAAUGAAAAUAGUUCAAUAAUUCUUGACAACAGAGUAAAUAAAAGAACUAAAAAAAAAUUGAAAACGUUUUCUUUCUACAAAAAUACGAGCAAACAUGUCAAACCAUCUAAAAAAGUACAACCAUUAAUUUUUGAUGGUUAUACAUCAUUCACUUUAGAAGACUUGUGGAAAUAUAAAAAAUGGUUGGACUCAGUUGAUAAAGUUAAAAAAUAUAAUCCAGAUAUAGAUAUUAAAAAUGGAAAUAUCAAAGAAAAUAAAUAUUGUGAUAAAGUAAACUGUGGUAAAAUAUAUGAUUGCAAUACAUAUUCACUAGAUUUCGAAGCAAAAGAAAUAGAACAAAAAGUUCGAAAACUUGUUAAAUCAUUAAAUGAGAAGGAUAAAUUUUUCUCAAAUAUAGAAAUAAAUGAGCAAUCGACUAAAUUUGGAUCGUCAAAUAAAUUUAAAUACUUUUUUAAAAACGCUUUUCGAGGAACUCAGAAUGAAUUUGAUACCCAAGUUUUGGAUGAUUACACAAAAUUUAUCAAUCACAAAUUGCAUACGUGGCAGAGUUUAUUGAAUUGUUUAGAAGAUAUUAGACAAAGGAAGUCUUCUAAAAUUAAAAUGUGUAAUCUUUCGGAAGAUCCGAUUAAGUAUAGGUUUUCUGAAAUAAAUUAUCACGAUUUUAAAGUGACGGAUGACUAUGAUGAAAAUAAUUCCAAAUUCGUCGAAAUAAACGAUAAUUUCAGUGAAAUGGGGAAGCUAAAAAAAAAUAAGUUUUUGAAAUUGCUCAACAAAACAAAAAGUACUAUGGAUAUGCGUACAUUAGUUAAACGGACUACAGAACGAAAUAGCAUAGAUAGUAUCCGAAUGAAUAAUUACUAG